UUUUCCAAUCAGUCGAGACCGAUAACACCUGUGAAGCGUCCGCGCGCCGCCAGCACGUGUUCACAUCGGCGACCACGGUGAACCGAGUCGAGCCUGUUUCCAGCGAAGGUUAUGGCCAGCGUCGAUGUUCUGUCCGCCAGGUUUGCCACUUAUGACAAAAUGUACAUGCACGAAGCACGUGAACAGAGCUUUGCAGACUGGCCGUUCAGGGAGGAGUGUAACUGCACACCUGAGAAGAUGGCCAAGGCUGGGUUUGUCCACUGCCCUAGUGAGAAUGAGCCUGAUGUCGCCUGCUGUUUCUUCUGUCUGAUCGAGCUUGAGGGCUGGGAGCCAGAUGACAAUCCUUGGACUGAACACUCAAAACGCUCCCCUGACUGUGGAUUCUUAACAAUGAAGAAAGACCUCACGGAGCUGACUGUGGCUGACUACUAUCGGAUGGAAAAGGAGAGGCUAAAGGUCUACCUUAAAAAGGUCUGUCAUAAGAAGAUGGCAUAUUUUCGGGAUGGCAUUGACCAUAUGUUGGAGAGCCUUACAUCUCAGUUGGACACUCUGACAUGAUUAAACUUCUUGUUUAUAUAUUGUUAUUGCCACACCGAUCUUGACUCAAUAGUUUUACGUAUUUGCAGUUUAUAAUAUCAAUAAAGUUGUGGGGAAUAUUGCA